UCGUGACUGAACCUCGAACGGCGAUGGGCACACAAAAGCCGGAAGAAUGGGCGAAUUUGCUGAUCACGCGUUUCGAGGAACAGUUGCCGUGUCGGUGUGGUCCCCAGACCACUCAUUCCCGUAUGAACGAGGAGAGAAACAAGAAUUGCCUAAUACAAAUCUCUCGAUAUCGUUUCUCACUUGUAAUAUCAAGCCUAACGAAGAUAUUACAAGGCGUGAACGAACUCGUUCCUUUCACCGGUGGUCAACGGAUAUUCCACAGCACAGAACAAGAUCGACACUGUUACGAGUCCAUUAUUAUCAUUCUGGAUACAUUAGAAAAAUGCCUCGCGAAUCAACCGAAAGACACUGCAAAGUUCGACGAGGCUAUGAACGUUAAGUUCCUACUCAAAGAAAUCUGUCAGUUCAUAGAUAUACCAAAUGACAGUCCUCAGAAUGCUCACCUAAAAAACUUGGCAAGCAAAGUUUUGUUUGCCCUUAGCUUGAAUUUUUUCAAUGCUGUAUUCAACAGAAUAUCAACAAAGCUUCAAGAACUGGCGAAAUCCGGAGAUGAAAACGCCGAUUAUAGCGACAUCGAAUUGAUCCAACAUAUUAACGUUGACUUGUGCAGGCUAACGAAACUUUUAAAUGAAGCGAUUCAGAAGUUCAAACAACUGAAAAAGUCGGCGCACGUAGCUCUAAUGAACUCGUUGGAGAAGGCUAUAUGGAACUGGAUGGAUACUUAUUCACAUGAAUUCGCAGACCUCCAGAAGAAACCGAACGAGGAAUUAGGGAAGGCUUGCGAGGAGCUGUUUGAUACUCUUGAUACGUUCGCUGAUAAUAAAAAAGGGCGAGCCGCGACCGUAUGGCCUCUGCAAAUGAUGCUUCUGAUACUAUCGCCGAAAAUACUGGAGGAAAUAGUAAAGGCUGACUUCGGUGCUGGAUGCUCGCCGCGGCACUCGAAGAAGAAACAGUUCAUCGACAGCGUGAAACGUGGCCUAGGGAUGCACGGUAGUUCUAGUAAACAGUUAAUGGAAGCGGCUGCCGUCACCUGUAUAAAACUUUGCAAAGCGUCGACCUACGUGAACAACCUCGAUUCGAACAACGUUAUAUUCACCCUCGUUCAGCACGUUAUGAACGAUCUGAUGGCACUACUCUUCAAUCCUGGAAAAGUGUUCUCGCGUGGCCAGAGCUACGUUGCUCAAGACAUCGACCUAAUGAUAGACUCUUUUGUCAGUUUCUUUCGCAUCAAACCGCAGAACAACGAAGUACUUAAAGUUUGCUUGAACCUUAAUCAUCCGACGAUAUAUCAGUUCGUCUUGGUCAGCUCGUUAUACAAAAUUGUAACUCAACCAAGACUGCCAUGGUGGCCUCAGAUAGAUCUUCUCUAUUCUCGCAGCGCGGAACUUAGAAACAUGUUCACUGAUAUUUUGAACAAAGUCACACAGAGUUACAUAUCACACACGCCGUUGCGUAUGAUACAAAGUUUAACGCUCAAGGGGAAAGAGCAAAAUAAGUACAGGGACCGCGGCGAGGAGAUAUCCAGUUACAGAAAUCUACUACUUUGGAUGGUUAAACUUAUUCACGCUGAUCCCAUGUUACUCCUGCACAAUCAAGGGAAAGCAGGUCAUGAGAUUCAAAGCUCGACACUAGAAUUGAUCAACGGCCUGGUAUCUUUAAUUCAUCAACCGUCGAUGACAGACAUCGCUUACGAGGCGAUGGAAGCGUUAUUAGUACUGCAUCAUCCGGACAAAAUAAAGUCGUGGAACCCAGAGGCACCGAUGAACACGUUCUGGGAUGUUAGCUCUCAAGUUCUAUUCUCGAUCUCGCAAAAAUUGAUUCAACAUCAGAUCGUAAACUACACUUGUAUAUUGAAAUGGCUCAAGGAGAUACUGAUCUGCAGGAACUCGUUUCUCAUGCAGAACAAGGACUACGCCAAUGUCGGCAGCCAGAUCGCCGUUUGCAAACAGGCGCAUAUUAAACUCGAGGUCGUAUUUUUCAUGUAUUUGUGGAGCAUAAACAUGGAGGCUGUGUUAGUAUCAAUGUCUUGUUUCGCUUUGCUCUGCGAGGAAGCGGAAAUUCGAUGUGGUAGCGACGAGGUAGCGGUGACAUGUCUGUUACCAAAUUAUCAUUUGUAUCUUGAAUUGGCACAAGCUUCCACUGUGUUAAUCACUGCCAGCGGGGAAAGUAAGAUAUGCUAUCACGAUCACUAUUAUGGACGUGCCGCAUUACAAAAAAGAAUUAUGGCCUUGUUGAGGAAGAUAGAACACUGUGUAAAUGGCGUACAACCUGCUUGGGAGGAAACGUUCAGAAAUUGGGAGGUCACGUGCCGACAGCUGGUGAAUUAUCCAAAGACUCGGACGGAGGACGGACAAAUGGAAUCUUUUCAUCGUAGCACCGGAAAACGGAGGGCAUCACAGCAGAAUUCGGAACACGAAUUAGAGGAACAGAUCAACGAGUGGGCGAACAUGACAGGAUUCCUCUGCGCAUUAGGCGGUGUGUGUUUGCAAAAGCGUUCGCCGAACAGGCCGCUGUCCGGGAUACCGCUGAAUCCAGAAGCUAAGAAAAGCUCGAAGCAACAAGAACCUACACCCUGUUUGUCGAAUCCGAGUCAGGAAGUACAGUACUGCACUCAGUUCGUGUAUAGCUUGCUGCGUUUGUUAAUUUGUAACAAUGAAAAGUUCGGGAAUCAAAUACAGAAACACGUAAAAGAGCUGGUCGGCCACGAGAUGAGUCCAGCGUUGUAUCCGAUAUUGUUCGACCAGAUAAAAAGCAUCGUAGAGAAGUUCUUCAAUCAGCAGGGACAGGUCAUAGUGAUGGACGUUAACACCCAGUUCGUCGAGCACAUAAUAUUCAUAAUGAAAAAUAUUCUCGAUUCAAAAACGGAUCAACCUUCGGAGUAUCUUGGAAUGACCAGUAUAGAAGGAAUGAUGUUAGCGAUUGUCAGAUACGUUAGGCAUCUGGAUAUGACCAAGCACUCUGUUCACAUCAAAACGAAAUUGUGUCAAUUGGUAGAAGCUAUGAUGAAGCGACGAGACGAUUUGGCUUUUCGACAAGAGAUGAAAUUUCGUAACAAGCUCGUCGAAUAUUUGACUGAUUGGGUGAUGGGUGCUACUCAUCAGAUAGCUCCCUCGACCACUGGAGACAUCGCUGUUUACACACGAGAUUUGGAUCAAGCAUGUAUGGAAGCAGUCGGUGCGCUGUUACGCGGUCUACCGCUUCAACCCGAGGAAUCAGAUCGGGGCGAUUUGAUGGAAGCAAAAUCUCAAUUGUUCUUGAAGUAUUUCACUCUGUUCAUGAACCUGUUAAAUGACUGUAACGAGGCGGCCAGCGAAGACAAGGACAUAGUUUCACAGCAACCGCAAUUAACUAGCAGUAAAUUAUCAACGUUAAGAAAUGCGACCAUACAAGCCAUGAGCAAUCUUCUCAGCGCGAACAUCGACAGCGGUUUAAUGCAUUCCUUGAGCUUGGGUUACAAUCCGGAUCUCCAAACGCGUGCAGCAUUCAUGGAAGUCCUCACGAAAAUACUUCAACAAGGAACGGAAUUCGAUACUCUGGCGGAAACAGUGUUAGCUGAUAGAUUCGAGCAACUGGUUCAACUCGUUACUAUGAUCAGCGACAAGGGAGAGCUGCCUAUCGCGAUGGCCCUGGCCAACGUUGUCACAACGAAUCAGAUGGACGAGUUAGCGCGAGUUUUCGUCACUCUGUUUGACGCAAAACAUUUACUGUCUUCUCUCUUGUGGAACAUGUUUUACCGCGAGGUCGAGGUCUCGGAUUGCAUGCAAACACUGUUCCGCGGCAAUAGCUUAGGCAGCAAGAUCAUGGCGUUUUGCUUCAAGAUCUACGGCGCGAGUUAUCUGCAAAAUUUAUUAGAACCGUUAAUCACACCUUUGUUGGAUGAUCCUACUACUGGCUUCGAAGUAGACAGCGCGAAGAUAGAUGGCAACGAAGAUAUUGAACAGAAUGGACGUAAUUUAAUCGCAUUGACGCAGAAAGUGUUCGAUGCCAUUAUAUCGUCAGCCGAUCAAUUUCCACCGCAGUUGCGAUCGAUGUGUCACUGUCUCUAUCAAGUGCUUAGCAAACGAUUCCCUCAAUGUCCUCAGAACAAUAUUGGGGCCGUGGGCACAGUGAUAUUCCUACGAUUUAUCAACCCCGCGAUUGUCUCACCACAAGAAAUGGGUAUCGUGAAUAAACCCGUACCACCGCACAUUAAACGCGGCCUAAUGCUGAUGUCUAAGAUUCUACAGAAUAUCGCAAACCACGUGGAAUUCAGUAAGGAGCAACACAUGCUACCGUUCAACGACUUCCUGCGAGCUCAUUUCGAGAGUGGCCGUCGAUUCUUCAUACAAAUAGCCUCCGACUCCGAAACGGUAGAUCAAGCAAACCAUCCGAUGUCAUUCGUUUCCGACGCGAACGUUCUAGCUUUACACCGGUUGUUGUGGAAUCAUCAAGAACGUAUCGGAGACUACCUUAGCAGCAGCAGGGACCACAAGGCGGUAGGCAGGAGACCGUUUGACAAGAUGGCCACGUUACUAGCUUAUCUUGGUCCGCCGGAACACAAGCCUAUCGAUUCCCACCUGCUGUUCACUUCGUCGUACGCUCGAUGGUCGAACAUCGACAUGUCCUCGACUCACUUCGAGGAAGUCAUGGUUAAACAUAACAUGCACGAAAAUGAGGAGUUCAAAAGUAUCAAGAAUCUGAAUAUUUUCUAUCAGGCAGGAACCAGUAAAGAGGGAUAUCCGGUGUUUUACUACAUUGCCAGACGUUACAAAAUCGGUGAUACGAACGGAGAUCUGCUAAUAUAUCAUGUUAUUUUAACAUUAAAGCCGUUUUGCCAUUCACCAUUCGAGCUAGUCGUCGAUUUCACCCAUACGUGUUCGGACAACCGUUUCCGUACCGAGUUCCUCCAGAAAUGGUUCUGCGUGUUACCGAAAGUUGCCUACGAGAAUAUUCACGCCGCUUAUAUCUAUAAUUGCAACAGUUGGGUGAGAGAAUACACAAAGUUUCACGAUCGGAUCCUGGCAUCUUUAAAGGGUAACCGGCAAGUGGUGUUCGUCGACGGUCCGGGUCGUUUAAACGACGUGAUCGACAUCGAUCAGCAAAAAUUACCAGGCGCGACGUUGUCUCUGGACGAGGAUCUGAAGGUGUUCAACGGGGCAUUGAAGCUCUCUCACAAGGACACGAAGGUGUCCGUGAAAGUUGGACCCACCGCGAUACAAAUAACGUCGGCGGAGAAAUGCAAAGUAUUGUCGCACUCCGUUCUAUUGAACGAUGUUUACUACGCAUCCGAAAUAGAGGAGGUAUGUCUGGUGGAUGACAAUCAGUUCACACUGACCAUAUCGAACGAGACUGGUCCGUUGACGUUCAUUCACAACGACUGCGAUAUCAUCGUGCAAGCGAUACUUCACAUUAGAAACCGGUGGGAGCUGUCGCAACCGGAGUCCGUGUCUGUUCAUCCAAAAAUAAGACCGAAGGACGUGCCCGGAACGUUGCUGAACAUGGCGUUGUUAAAUCUCGGCAGCUCGGACCCGAAUUUGAGAACCGCGGCGUAUAAUCAGCUGUGUGCUCUUACCGCGACUUUUGACCUGAAAAUCGAGGGCCAGUUGUUAGAAACUUCUGGACUGUGCAUACCUUCGAACAACACCAUAUUUAUCAAACACUUGAGCGAGACGCUAGCUGCAAACGACCCUCAUCUAACGCUAGAGUUCCUAGAAGAGUGUAUACAGGGCUUCAGGCUGUCUAGCAUCGAACUGAAACAUCUAUGUUUAGAGUACAUGACACCGUGGUUGAACAAUCUCGUACGAUUCUACAAGCCGAACGACGAGGGUGGUAAACGGCAGAAACAAGUGACGAAAAUCUUGGAAAAACUGAUUACACUGACUAUCGAGGAAGUCGAAAUGUACCCGAGCAUCCAGGCAAAGAUAUGGAGCACCAUCGGUGGGCUUCCUGAAUUGAUAGAUACGGUUUUGGAUAAUUUCAUUCAACGUAGCGUUAGCUUUGGAUUAGGCUCGCCAACGAUCGACAUAAUGGCUGAUACCGCGGUUGCCCUAGCGUCUGGAAACGUGCAGCUCGUAGCGAAGAAAGUUAUAGGGAGACUAUGUCGGGUAGUGGAUAAGACCUGCACUUCGCCGACGCCGCUACUGGAACAGCAUACGAGGUGGGACGAUAUCGCCAUCCUGGCGAGAUACCUUCUGAUGUUGUCUUUCAACAAUUGUCUGGACGUCGGCAAACACUUACCAUACUUGUUCCACACUGUCACAUUCCUGGUCUGCUCCGGUAGUCUGAGUAUGCGCGCAUCGACCCACGGGUUAGUCAUUAACAGUAUUCACUCGCUUUGUACCUGCAGCUCGCCAUCGUUCUCCGAAGAUACUUACCGGAUAUUACGAAUGAGCCUAGACGAAUUUUCGUUGCCCAAGUUCUACCUCCUCUUUGGAAUUAGUAAAGUGAAAUCUGCCGCGGGCACGGCAUUUAGGUCUAGCUAUAGACACUCGAAUGAGAAGUGGUUUAGCAACGAGCGAACUGUCACCGGUACCCACGACAAGGAGAGGCUCUCCUUAACCAGUUUAGAAAUUAUCACCGACGCCCUGUUGGAGAUCAUGGAGGCGUGCAUGCGAGACAUUCCACACUGCCACUGGCUAAAGACAUGGACCUCGUUGGCAAAGAACUUUGCGUUUUGUUUCAAUCCGGCGUUACAACCGAGGGCGCUGAUCGUUUUCGGAUGUAUCAGCAAAAGUAUCACCGAUCAGGACAUGAAACAGUUACUGAGGAUACUAGUCAAAGCUCUAGAGAGUCUCAAUGAUAUCACUCUGCUCGAGGCGAUUAUUAUGUGCCUAACGAGAUUGCAGCCGUUGCUCAGACCUGAAUCCCCUAUACAUCGAUAUUUAUUUUGGGUCGCUACGUCUAUCCUUCAGUUGGAUGAAGCGUCUCUGUACGCGUGCGGCCUCGCGCUUCUUGAACAAAAUCUACACACGUUAGAUUCGCAAGGGACUUUCGAUGAGAAGAAUUUGGAAGACGUUAUGAUGUCGACGCGCGAGCCUUUGGAGUGGCAUUUCAAGCAAUUAGAUCAUGCGGUGGGAUUAUCGUUCAAAUCUAACUUUCAUUUCGCCCUGGUCGGUCAUCUUUUGAAAGGGUACAGACACCCGACGCCUACCACCGUUACGAGAACAGCUAGGGUACUGACCAUGUUGUUGGGCAUCGUUGCUAAACCAUUCAGGCGGGACAAAUUCGAGGUGACACCGGAAAGCGUCGCUUAUCUAUCUGCGUUGGUAUCUGUAUCGGAGGAAGUGAGAAGUCGAUGCCACAUCAGACAUGCCAUUACUAAAAACGUGGAACCUGGCAUCACGGAUUGCCUCGAUCUUUUACUUCCGCACAAUACGGAUACUUCGACCGCGAUGUCCGGUAAUCCAACUAAUCGCAGACAAAAAUCGUGUGAUCUCCUCGACCAGUCCGCUCUCACUCAAGCGAGACAACAGAAACAAUUUUCCACUCAUCAGACUGGACGGAUUUUAUUUAAAACCCAGCGAUCCUUUUCUGUACCAACUGCAAAGGAAACGAAACCGAACGAGGAAGCUGAACCAAAGAAUCGGAGCGCGAGGGUCAGCGUCAGCAACGAGAACAACGUGUUGCUCGAUCCGGAAGUGCUCACCGAUUUCUCGACCCAGACUCUGGUUUUAACCGUGUUAGUCACUCUGGUCAAAAAUACAACCGACGAAAACGAGCAACGGAUACUUUACGAGUAUCUCGCUGAAGCAUCCGUUGUCUUUCCGAAGGUUUUUCCAGUCAUUCACAAUUUGCUCGAUGCGCAAAUCAAUAGCGUAUUGUCUAAUUGUCACGAUCAAGGAAUAUUAAAUUCCGUGCAGGCAAUCAUACAGAACAUGAUCGCGUGCGAAGACACGAAUCAACAGCAGUUACAUUACUUACAAAGUUGCGGUUUCGGGGGAUUGUGGAGAUUCGCCGGGCCCUAUACGAAUUCGAAUUGCACAGCGGAGAGUGCACAGUUGUUUGUUAACUGCUUGGAAGCGAUGGUCGAAACGUGUUUGCCAGUGGAUGAGCCGGAGAACUCCACUAUUAACGAGAUACCAAGCGAUAAUAGAUGCAAACGACCCGGUGACUGUCAUCAUCAAUCGGAGACCGCGCAGAAGAAUAAACCAUCGGUCUAUCACACGAUCGAUCAAACGGGGACACGUGCUGAACGGACAGACGAAAUUUCAAGGAGUACUUUAUUCGUUACUAGAGAUCACAGCAUUGAUAGCAGAGGAAAUGUUUCGUUCGAUUCGGUGAGCCAAGGAGAGAAUACCAGCAGUAGUAAUAGUUCACAACCUUAGCGAUUAAUAUACGAAUUUAAAAGACAGUGCGGUAAACAUGGGCGAAAGCGACGAGUCGGUCGAAAAUUGCAAAGACAAUUGAGCCACGCAAAAAUUCUGGCACCGUGUUAUUGCUGCAACAUGUCGAAUCAGUUUAAUCCGAUGCCGUCCACUUCACGUUGACACGACGUCGUAAUACCACAAUCCCGCUGGAGAAUGGAAAUUAAAUGCGAGUACGUUUUUGUUAAAAUAUUUUUUAAUUUAUGUCGGGUCAUUUUUUAUGAAUCUUUGAGUAUAGAGAUUGUUUCCUUUUUUCAUUAAAAUAAUAUGCCACAAGAUGAUGCAUAAACCUAAUGAAAUGACCUGGCAUUUCGUUAUUCGGUUAUUAAAAUAAUUCUCAUAUGUGAGUAUAUGUUUGAAGCGUUCAGUUCGCACAGUAGCGUCGAGCAACAGAUGUUUUAAUACACCAAAUGUUAUUUUAUAUGUACAUCUACGAGCAACGAUAUUCUUAAACGUAUGUACAAUUUUUUAAACACUUUUUACAUUUUUCGUUUACAUGUUUUCUGUACGUACAUACUCUACACUACAUGAUAAUUUAGAGUUUCGCGAGAACAUUACAUGGUAUAAUUAACAUCGUACAGAGUGAGACAUUUUAAUAGAAACGCUUCAUUGUUUUCUCAUUUAAAAAGAAGGUUCGAAAAACAAAAUCUGGCACGUAGUAGUAUAAACAUUUUUUUUAAAGCCAUACAAUCUUAAUAUUAUUAGUAUUUCGUUCGUUUACUUAAUUAACAUUUAUUUAUAGGGAACGUAAAUGUCCCACACUGUAUACAAUUCGUGCACGCGGGUAUCUUUGUUCCUUUGUGCAAAUUAAUAUUUUUUAUAGUAUAUUCCGUAGAGAGGGAAUCCGUUUUCUAUUUCCGAUAUAUUGAAAAACAAACUUUAAAUAUGUAUGUAUAGCCUCGUGUUACCAGAAUAUAAAAAAGGUCUAUUUAUGAAAGAAGAUGAUAUGAUAGUUUAUCAAGGAUGUCUAUAAUUUUUCCGUUAAUUAUUAUAUGAGAAAUUGUAACGAGUUUAUCUUUCGUUGAUACGUGUAUAGGGAAAGAAACGUUACGUGGGCAGUCGUUCACAGUGAAAAUCAUGCGGUUGUGCAUCGGCAAAAGUCAUUUAAUAAUCGGAACAAUCAUUUUCGAAUCGUAUCACUGAAUUUUAAUCUCAAUCGUUCUAAUGACGUCAUAAAACGAAUCAUCUAAAUGAUGGCACAAAAGAAAUGAAUAAUAUAGUUUGUACGAGUUCUUAUUUCGCUAUUCGAAUAUUUUUCAGCAUUUAUUACAUAAUUCAAUAUUAGCAUUUAACACCAAUAUACAUUAUGAAAUUCCAACAUUCCUAUUCGAAACGAUCCUACUGCAAUCAGGCUGAUCACAGAAUGUGUAGCAUCGUGUAUGAGGAGUCCUAUACGUACAUGUGUACAUAGAACUAAAAUCUCUCUCUAACUCAGUUUCAGUCAACAAUAUUUACUCUAUUACAGAACUUCGAAAAACUGGACGAUUUUCACUGCGAAUUAUUGUGCGUAUGUGUAUAUUGUGACAGAUUAGACUUGAUUACGACAAAAGAUUGGAAAUGAACGAGUUAAACUAAAGCGUGUAUAAUGUCGCGUUAUGAUAUGGCUACGAGAUACAAAUGUUUAAGAGAAAGUUAUUGUGGAUACAUGUACGCUCUAGUAAAACACUAUUUCAAUCAUCUGUAAGAAAGAAGUUCUAUGGGAGCGGAGUGUUCAAGACGCUUAUGUAUGUGAACGGAUUAAGAAGUUUUCUACGUACAUAAAGACAUAUACAUAUAACAGAGAAAAAGAAAGAGUGAAAGAAGGAGAGAUGAGUAUGCCUGUGAAAAAUAUUCGUUAACAACCUGUGAACUUUAAUGCAAAAUCACCAAAAUAUUUUAAACGCUAGGUGAUAUAAUUAUUUUUACCAUUAUAUAUUAAUAUCCUGAACGCGAUUUUCCUUUCUCUGAAAAUAAUCAUUUGUACUCAGUUAUGCUCAUCAGAUUGCAAACAUUGAUCUCUAUACAAUACUGGAUAGUGACAGUGGAUUGGCAUAGUUGGCUCGUUCCAUUCUGUCGUGACGAGUUCUUCCCGUUAUUAUGGCACAGAGAGUAAAAGGACGUAAAAGUUUGAUAUAACUCUGCAAUAAAUACGCAUAAGCAGAUCAAACUCCGAUAUUCGAAGCGGAAAAGCUUUCUCUUUACAAUGCCGUUUGAUUCAUCUCGAUCCGACUUUCGAUUCCGGAGAUAUCGUCAUGCAAAUUUUUUGGCCACCGCAGUGUCCUCGCAUGUUGACCUACCCUAAUCCCCGCCAACCGGUCUAGUCCAGGUCUAGACAGUCAACUUGCUACGCGUGAACUGGGUCACUGUGUCAGGAAAACCAAACGCCUAAACUUUGGAAGCCUAUAUCUCCGGAACAGACGGAGAUUUCGGGAUGAAUCAAAAGCGAUUUUUUCAUCUUGAUUUUCUCUAUCAACUGAGAUAGUUUUCAAUAAAAAAUUCAGUGUCCUUGUAUCGAUUACGUUUGCGCUCAGUAGCGGGCGCAUUUUAUCUAUCCGUCCUCAUUUACUUAUCAUCGCACAGGAUCGUUCGGAUGACCUAAUAAGAGAUAGAAAGCGCCUAAGAAGCAUGAAUAAACUCAACAGCUGUGUCAAUCGGGUCCCACUCUCCAGUGUUCUAUAGAGAUAAGCGAUUAAAAUAAGUACCAUUUGGAUUAUUAUCGAUACUUUCCGGUAUUUAUUAUUUUUCAAGCGUGAUUGCAUUGUUUCGUUUGUGUAAGCAGUAGAGAGUAUGUAUAAAUACGUGUAUGUGUAUGUGCGUUUUGCGCGAGAUCGCACAAAUAUUCGUGUUUUGCUUUCUAAUAAAAAUUUUGUUGAGAGGCUCCGGAACUCACCUCUCGUAUAUCACGCACGUGUAUUUCAAAAGGCACAUUUUUUUUAGCUACGAAGGAGUAAAUAUGUUGAAUGCGAAAAGAUUCAUCGAUCGUACUUCAAUGGAAAUAACACCAAGAAGAUAGAAAGAUAGUUUGAAAGCUAAUAAAUGAAAAAGUAAGAAGAUGGCUCGAUCGUUACUCUUUAAAAUGAAUUCUUUUAUCGCCUAAAUUGUUUCUGUAGAAGUCCUACAUAGUUCUCUUAUUUUUUUAUAGGGCACUUUUGUAAUAUACGUGCGAUAUGUUUAGUAUAUAUACAUAAUUUUCAACCCCUUGCGCGUCCCCAUUGUAACUAACACACCGUGUGGUACCGCACAAAAAUAUUGGCACACUUUUUAAAAUCACAUAACUUCUUUAGAAACGGUUGAUACAAUAUUUAGUUUCUCUAAUUUUUCGUAAAAGCUCGAAUAGUAUCGACCAGUUUUGAAACAGUUGCACGACUUUAAAGAAUGUGCCAAUACGUGUUCUUCCGUAUAUUUUUAUAUCGUGUUUAAAUAUUAAAAACAUUUGUUUACUUACCGUAUCAAACUAAGUCCUUUAGGUUCAAACUUAAUGUUUCUUCUAUACUAAAUGAUCGCUGAAGAAUGAUCGCAAGGGGUUGAUGAUUAUAAAAAUUAAAACAAAAAAACGCUCUGGACCAGCAUUACAUCUUCUUUGAGAGGAUUGCUCGAGCCAACAUAAUCUUCAGCGCCCAAGAAGAAUAACAGCUUAGAAAAUUUUUUUAAUUUUAUUCUCUCAUCCCAACUUUGAAAAUAUUCCUAGAUACCCCGUUUACGUUGGGAUAUAUGUAAAUAGUAUUUCUGUUCUCUUUGUCGCGUCAUUCUGCUUGGGAACUGACGUUGCGUACCUAUUUUGUUAGCGAAGAGUUCUCGAAAUGAAAACACCAAUGAUUCUAUUAUCUAUCACUUAUUAAAGUACAAAGCGAGACCAGACCUCCUCUACCCAAAUGCGUGAUAUUUAAGAAGAAAAAAAAAUGCGCGUACACGCAGGUAGAUAAGGGGGACACUUUAUUAGAAUAAUUAAAUAGUCGAGAGAAGGAGAAAAGAGAAAACAAUGACUUUUUUUGUCAAACAAUAGCUAAAUGUAUAUAGAGUGUUUCAUUUAUCUUGCACAUUCUUUUAUAUUUCGUAAUUGAUUUGAAACGACGAAUAUUUAUAACUGUAACAUUCACGAUUGUGUAAUAUUAAUCAUUCAUAUUAAAUGUAUGUACCGUAUACGUAUACAGGGUAAGUCAAUAAGAACUGUCGUCUGUAAUUCUAAUAAUUAUUCAUUAAUUUUACUAGAAGAAAUAAAUGAUGAUUUAUAGAAAUAAAACUUGUUCGAAACUAAAAUUAAUACAACGCGUGUUAUAACAUGAUUAAUAAAUGUGAAAUAAUUCCCGGCAGCAUUUUUUAUCGACUGACCUGUAUAUUCCUAAACAUUCUUCAGUUUCUGUUAAAUUGUUGAACAGGAAUUUGAUAUAUAUCUAUAAUAAUAUAAAAUACUAAUAAUAUGAAGAUCGAAAUGGAACAUCCUCUAUAUACAUGUAGUGGGUGAAGCAGAUUCAUUGGAGCAAUAGAACACUCGACGCAAAUGAUAAACACAUUUGUACAUAGUGCAUACAUAUAUUGUAUGUAUGUAUGUACAUAAGCUUUUACGUCGUAACAAUUGUCUAUUACGCCUAGGUAAAAAGUUUUUGGAUCGUAACCCCAUAAUCAUAAUAUGUAUGUACACAGUAGUAGAGUGCAGAAAGUAUUUGUACAAUAAUUUCCAACGUGUAUCAAUUGAUUAAUUAGUAUUAAAUUACCACAGUUCAUCUUUCUUCCUUGUGUACAUACACUCAUGUGAUUUUAAGUAUUUGGUAAAAAAGAUUUGUGCAGAUAUUUUCUGCAACCACUGCGUACGUACAUUUCAGUCUUUAGACAGUUGUACGAAACAGAUGAUAAUCGUGUAAAGAAGAAUCUCCUUAUGUUAAUCAAUAUUAGGCAUUAUAUAUUCGACGAACAAUCGAUUCUUUUGUCAAAUAAAAUAUCCUAAAGUAAACCGCAGACAUUAGUCGAGUUUCAAGCAAUUUUCAACAGAAGGCGAUUAGAUGUUCUAGGAAAAUCUUCACGUACGUUAAUUCGUUUAUUAGUUAUUGUAAAACAAAUUGCAGAGAAAAAACGACGGUGCUUCUUACAUUUGUUUACGAGGAACUAUGGUCUAAAAACAAAAGUCUAUUAAAAGUGUAAGAACUAUACUAUCAGAUAUGUACCACGGUUAUAUAAUAUAUUUAAUAAAAUUUGUUGCGAUUA